GCCAAGACGACCGGUCUUCCUAAGCCUUGCAUCGGCGAAGAGAAGGCGCCCAUGGCUACCCGGGAGCGUGCUCCGCCAGCGGUGUGCGACAUGCCCCCUCGCUUGGGGGUUUUAAAGGACGCGUGCGUGGAUACCAACGUCCUCUUUGAUAUAUUUUACUUGUUGCUCUCAUAUCUGCUAUGCUCUAUGCCACUUUCACUCAAGACAACGUGAUGUUCUACCCGCAAUACCAGGAAGCAACCACAAGCGGUCCUGCGAAAUCCUCAACAACAUCACCGGUGGUCUCUCCCACAAAGGAGCCUUUGCGGAUGACGCGUGGAGAUUCCCUACUGGGAGAGUCUGGUGGAAUGAAUCUGACCAAGAUGCCGUACGAUAUCUUGACUCAUAUCUUCACGUUGGCGAACGAGGACGAUUCCUGCUUGGCUACAUGUUCCCCGUCUCCGACGAGUCGCCGGCCCUCCCGCUGUGGAGAAGUAGCUGUUUGCCUCUCUCACGUGAGCACUCAGUUUCGAGACGUUGCACUGUCUAUGCCGACGCUUUGGAGGUGCAUCAGCGUACAAGGUCGUGGGCGAUCCGAACUGCUCCGUGCAAAAUGCUUCAGCUCUCGUACGCAGACCUGUCCUGUGGACAUUGAUAUCGACAUGACUGUGACACCAAAAGACAGCCAGCGGUACAUCUGUUCAUUGAGACAGCGUUAUGAACGGACGGACGAUCUCCGCGCAGUAAUGACCUUCCUACCGCCAAUGAAGCACUGGCGUUCGUUCUGUUUCACAACAAAAUCAGAUUGGAAUGUGCGGCUAUUGAUUACUGUCCUGGACCAGGCAGCGCCUGAAUUACGCACCCUGAGUCUCUGCAGCCUAGGAACAAGCACACGCACACGAACGACGACAGAGAAUGCGACAGUGUUCAACAUCUUCCAAGGGCAGACACCGGCCCUUUCCAACGCAUUUGUUCGAGGGAUUCAGCUACCCUGUGUGCUAAACGUUCUAUCCAAGUUGCAAGAGCUGAAGUUGAGCUGUGGUACCGAUCAUACACAGGCACACCUUGACGAGUGCCUUGACGUCAUCUCCAGGAACCCGAACCUAAAGAAGCUUUCCUUCUGUGGCGACGUCGAUAUUCACCGGAUCGAUGCCUUUACUACCGAUCCUAGACCGCCUAUCCCGUUGCAUUCUCUGGAGGAGCUUGCCAUUGGCGGAUUUCUUCCUGCAACACUCUCCUACGUCCUCCUUCAGCUGGAUGUUCCCAAUCUAACCAGUCUUACCGUUGGAAAGCUGUGGCGCAAGAACUACAACGACGCACUCAAAGCACUUACACCGGCCACCUGUCCCAAUAUCAUCAAUCUGUCACUCAUCUCCUGCGUCGUGCACCCAUAUCUCUCGAGAUUUUUACCACAGCUACCCGCCGUCCAAGGGCUCACCUUUGACCACUGGAACAAUCCCCCAGACGCGAUGCUCUUAUCCGAUGACCCCGCCCAGGUCCAUCCCUGGAAGGAUCUGAAGCGGUUGUGCCUUACUCGACCCUUGAAUAUCAACAAGCCGCUCAUAGAAGCACUCCAGCGGCGGCAAGCAAUGGGACUAGGGCCUUUCGAACUCCUGCUCGAGGUUGAUGACCUGUCAUUGUCGUGCCUGGAUCCUAUGAUCACGAUGCAAAUUCGAGAACUAACAAACCUGCAGUUCACGACGGCUGGCGAGUAUGAGCAGGGGAACCCACAUGAAGAAGAUCCGUAUGAUAUGAGGGCUUGGUGA